GCUCGGGGCCGCAGGCUCCACCCCGCCCCGCCCAGGCUCUGGGUAAAGGCCGCCGCGGGGACAUGUCGUGCCCCCCUCAGCGAGGGCGGGAGAGCGUGAAAGGCAGCGGGGCUGCCAGAAAGCGAAAUGUCAUCAGUGGAGUCACACCAGGAACAGUUGUCCCAGUCAGAUCCAUCGUCCUCACCAAACUCAUGUAGUUCCUUUGAGCUGAUAGACAUGGAUGCUGGCAGCUUGUAUGAGCCAGUUUCUCCGCAUUGGUUUUAUUGUAAGAUAAUAGAUUCUAAAGAGACAUGGAUUCCUUUCAACUCUGAGGAUUCACAACAGCUAGAAGAGGCAUAUGGCUCUGGAAAAGAUUGCAAUGGGAGAGUUGUCCCCACUGACGGGGGCAGAUAUGAUGUUCAUUUGGGGGAGAGAAUGCGGUAUGCUGUCUAUUGGGAUGAGCUAGCAUCAGAAGUGAGGCGAUGUACGUGGUUUUACAAGGGAGACAAAGACAAUAAGUAUGUUCCCUACUCGGAGAGCUUCAGCCAAGUUUUAGAGGAAACUUACAUGCUUGCUAUAACUCUGGAUGAAUGGAAAAAAAAACUGGAGUCUCCCAACAGAGAAAUUAUUAUAUUACACAAUCCAAAGCUCAUGGUACAUUACCAGCCAGUUGCAGGGUCUGAUGAAUGGGGGUCAACACCUACUGAGCAAGGUCGACCAAGAACAGUGAAGAGAGGGGUUGAGAAUAUCUCUGUUGACAUUCAUUGUGGAGAACCUUUACAAAUAGAUCACUUGGUUUUUGUAGUCCAUGGGAUCGGACCAGCUUGUGAUCUCCGAUUUCGAAGCAUUGUACAGUGUGUUAAUGAUUUUCGAAGUGUUUCCUUGAACUUGCUACAGACACAUUUUAAGAAAGCCCAAGAAAAUCAGCAAAUUGGGAGGGUAGAAUUUCUUCCAGUCAACUGGCAUAGUCCUUUGCAUUCUACUGGUGUGGAUGUAGAUCUGCAGCGAAUAACUCUGCCCAGCAUUAACCGCCUGAGGCACUUCACCAAUGACACAAUUCUGGAUGUCUUCUUCUAUAAUAGCCCCACCUACUGUCAGACUAUCGUGGACACAGUUGUUUCUGAAAUGAACCGAAUAUACACACUUUUUCUGCAGAGGAACCCUGAUUUCAAAGGGGGUGUAUCCAUUGCUGGUCAUAGUUUAGGUUCGCUUAUAUUGUUUGAUAUCCUAACAAAUCAGAAAGAUUCUUUGGGGGAUAUUGACAGUGAAAAGGAUUCGCUAAAUAUUGUUAUGGAUCAAGGAGACACACUGACCCUAGAGGAAGAUUUGAAGAAACUUCAACUCUCCGAAUUCUAUAGUAUCUUUGAGAAGGAGAAAGUAGAUAAAGAAGCUCUGGCUUUAUGUACAGACAGAGAUCUUCAGGAGAUGGGAAUUCCUUUAGGACCAAGAAGGAAGAUAUUAAACUAUUUCAGGACCAGAAAACACCCAACGGGAAUCAAUAGACCAACCUUACAGUCAGCUUCAGAAGCAAACAUUCCCAAAGAAUCUGAGUUCUGCAGUCGUACUAGUGAAGCUAGAAGUGAGGACUAUUUGGAUGUUGGCAUUGGGCAGGUGUCUGUAAAAUACCCCAGGCUUGUUUAUAAACCAGAAAUAUUCUUUGCCUUUGGAUCUCCGAUUGGAAUGUUCCUUACGGUCCGAGGUCUAAAAAGAAUUGAUCCCAACUACAAAUUUCCCACAUGCAAAGGUUUCUUCAAUAUUUAUCACCCUUUUGAUCCUGUGGCUUAUAGGAUUGAACCAAUGGUGGUCCCGGAAGCAGAUUUUGAGCCAAUGCUGAUCCCACAUCAUAAAGGCAGGAAACGGAUGCACUUAGAGCUGAGAGAGGGCCUGACCAGGGUGAGCACGGACCUGAAGAACAACUUGCUGGGGUCCUUGCGGAUGGCCUGGAAGUCUUUUACCAGAGCUUCAUAUCCUGCCUUACAAGCUUCAGAAACGGCAGAAGAAAGUGAAGCAGAACCUGAGUCGAGUUCAGAGAAGCCUAGUGAUUCUAACACAGAAGAGACUGCUGUGGCAGAUAAAGAAGUUUUGCCCAUCAAUGUGGGGAUGCUGAAUGGAGGCCAGCGCAUUGACUAUGUGCUACAGGAGAAGCCCAUAGAAAGUUUUAAUGAGUACUUAUUUGCUUUACAAAGCCAUCUGUGCUAUUGGUAA